UUUAGUACUUAUUUACACUCGUUUAAAAUAUGUGAAUAAAUGCGUUUAUAUUUGUUAGUGGUUGCUAGUGAUGUUGAAGUGAAGGAUUCUGGGUGAUUUGUAUCGUUCAUGCCUGUGGUUGUAAAAUAUUGAAAUCUCCGACAGCCCUGAAACGCAUCUUCUUAGAGGGACUUUGAAGUCUCUCUGUGGGACAGUAAACGCAUCAAGUGCUUGGGUCCUAGAAUUAAAUUGUAAUCAAAAAAAUAUAUUUUGUUUAUUUCCUUAGUGUGUUUAUUUUUCCAUUAAUUUGAUCUUUUUAGCCCGUUUUUGUUUUUUUCUCUGAGCUCCAGAUGCUGCUGCCCCCCCACCCCCCACCCCUACGGCGGCGGGGGGGAGCGGAUGUUUGACAAUGACCGGCCGCGGCUCGCGCUCUUUCCUCCUCUGUAACGGGACUUAUUAACCUCACGUGAGAGCUCGGGAGCACCGAACCGGACCGCCGAACCGUCCCUGGCGGAGACAGAAGCAGACAUGGGCACGCAGGGAACGGGACGCAAACGGUCCACCAAGAAGGAGCGCGCGACGGCGGAGGACGAGGCUCUGAACCUCAUUGCGAGAGAGGCUGAGGCCAGGCUGGCAGCAAAGCGAGCCGCCAGAGCAGAGGCCAGAGAGAUCCGCAUGAAGGAGCUGGAGCGACAACAGAAGGAGAUCUUUCAGGUGCAGAAGAAGUACUAUGGCUUGAACCCUAAAGUAGAUGAGCGGCGGGACAGCGGAUGGGGGGAUAUUGAACAGUGGAUGGAGGACAGCGAGAAGUAUGCGCGCUCCUCCCGGAUUCAGACGCUGACCGACAACGAUGAGCGCGUGUCGGCGGGAAGCCGCGGCAGCUUCAGGUCGGAGCUUGACUCAGUUGGAGCCUAUGGUGGGGGGAGCUCCUCCUCACAGAAGAAGUCAAAGAAAAAGAAGAAGCAUAAACACAAAGACAGAGAUAGGAACGGCUUCGAGGACGAUCACAGCGUAGCGUCCGGCAGGAGCUCCAGAAUCAGCGAUGAGAGCAGAAGCUCCCGCUCCUCCAGGAUGGAUCUGACGGCCUCUGACUUGUACGGCCUCAACGGCGUGUCCUCUUCCAGGAUCCCAGGGUUCAACGGUUAUCAGGGCUCCUUGUAUGAAGAGAGUCUGUGCAGCGCGUCCAGACGGGUCGCCAGCGGCAGCUCCCGCCCUGUAGACCACACUGGUUACCGCGGCUCCAGAACCUCCAGCAGGGCCAGUUCAGCCUGCGUCAGUCCGGUGGACUCUGUUGCCAGUUUCCUACGGAGCGGCAGGGGCCUCCUGGACGAUGUCACUAUUCCAGACUUUCCUCACGCAGAGGAAAGAGAAUUUCUUGAAAAGGGAUGUCGGGCGCCUUCUUCUCUGACGGCGGCGACCCUCACCUCGCUGGGCGGGACUUCGUCCCGGAGAGGAAGCGGGGAGACGGCUUUAACGGUCGACGCCGACAGCUCCAUCCGAGAAAUCAAGGAGAUCCACGAGCUGAAGGAUCAGAUUCAAGAUGUGGAAACCAAGUACAUGCAAAACCUUAAAGAGGUCAAGGACUCUCUGGCGGAGGUGGAGGAGAAGUAUCGCAAAGCCAUGGUGUCCAACGCUCAGCUUGACAAUGAGAAGAGCAACCUGAUGUAUGAGGUGGACACGCUGAAGGACUCCCUGAUGGAGCUGGAGGAGCUGCUGUCCGAGUCACGCCGGCAGUACGAGGACAAAGCCAAGGACUACGAGCGAGCGAAGCACGCCCACAGCGUGCUGCAGUUCCAGUUCAACGAAAUGAAGGAGAGCCUGAAGCAGAGCGAGGAGCUGCUGAACGAGAUCCGUCAGCUGCGCAUCAAACAGGACAGCUUUGUUAGGGAGGUGUCAGAUCUGCAGGAGACGGUGGAGUGGAAGGACAAAAAGAUCGGGGCCUUAGAGCGGCAGAAAGAGUACACAGACGCCAUCCGAACUGAGCGCGAUGAGCUCAGAGAAGAGGUGGUGAAGCUGAAAGAUGUUCUGAAGAAACACGGAAUCGUCUUGGGCCCAGAUCUGAACGUCAACGGGGAAGCAGAAGACGACGAGUCAUCGGACGCGGCGCCACGCCCGGCUCUGGACUCGCAGGGCCGCCCCGCAGAAGGGAACAGCAUCCUCGAGAUUCGACUGAGAAAACUGGUGGAUGAGCGGGAAAAAAUGAUAGAACAGGUGAAGAAGCUGAAAGCUCAGCUGGACCAGAAGACGCAGAAGAACAACACGGAGGGCGGCUUGAGCCCCGACGGGGAAAUCUUUGAAAACGGCAACGAUCCAAACAUCAUGGACCUGCAGAGAGACUCCAGCCGGCAGAUCAACGACCUGAAGUUCAAGCUGGUGAAGGCGGAGCAGGACGUCACUGCGUUGGAGCAGAACGUAACCCGCCUGGAGGGCCACGUGACUCGCUACAAGUCUUUAGCAGAGAACGCGGAGAAGGUGGAGGACGAGCUGAAGGCGGAGAAGAGGAAGCUGCAGAGAGAGCUGCGAUCAGCGCUGGAUAAGAUCGAAGAGCUGGAGUCCAGCAACAGCCACCUGAACAAGAGGCUGGAGAAGAUGAAGUCCAGCCGCGGCUUGGCUCCAACGCCGUAGCGGCCGCAGGCGUCCAGGAUGGACGAUCGCCCAGAGGAGAACCGCCCCGCUUUCACCUCCGCCCCCUGAAGGUCCACUCAGAAAACACCGACGAGCUACGUGCCAUGCCCCGCCUUCCAGGAGGUCCUCGCUGUCCAGAGACUAUGGUGGAAGCAGUGCAGCACUGACAGCUGACGCCGUCCGUGCACGCCCCGUGCACGUGCGUGCCAGAGCCAAAACUCCUGACACACGAACCCGCAAAGUCUUUCCCCGAACCUCCAGCACCGUCUGUCCGUUAGCUGAGGCUCCCCUCUUAGCCCGCGGAGCGGCGCAGACGUGCGCCUCUGCUUCUCCUAGUCGGUCACUGGUUCGAUGCCAUGCACUCCCGCCCAAUCUGAGACUUCCCGUGAAAACGUCUCGACCGGGACUCAAAGCCGAGAUGCUGCUUCACUGUUUACAAAGCUUUAAAAUGUUUGUAAGGAAACAUACCGAAGUGAAACAUUUGUACAAUAAAAUGUCAAACUUCGA